UGGUCAACGGAACACCAUGUGCACGCAUAAACGUCGUUUAAGUGCAGAUGCAUGCAUUUAUGUAAGUUUUAAAUAUUAUGAACGCGUUGGAAUUGACGCGCAUUACGUCAGCCAGCGCCUGAAAGUGAUGGGUCGCGCUGCCGACGGGGAGUUGUGAAUUCGGCAUCCGAUCCUCCGCGAGCUUCAAAUUCUGCGUAGAUAUCGUUGUUCCGAUGCACCAGCUCAGGAAACACUCAUCGUCGUCAAAGGCCCGCCUAGUAAUGAUGGCCGUCAGAUCGUUCACGACACGGAAGUCCACGAUCAUUGCGGCAUUAGUGCUCACAAUGACCGGAUGUGCACUUGUUUCGGUGCCCUCAAGGGACAUGAUUUCGUCUACAAGGGAACCAGCUGGCGGCAUGAUCCCCUUUUGGGCUAGUGCUCCCAGUAGCAAGGCGGAUAUCGUCGACAGGUAUACUCGUUGCCUCACCCGACCUCCUAGUGGUGCUGUCAUGUACAAUACAGAACGAUGCUGGAGUGACAUCUCAACUGAGAUUUAUAUGGAUGUAUUGGCCAGAAUCGAGGAUUCGGCCCCGACCGAGCUUAGUCGUUUUCAGAUUGCCGAAAACCAAUUAUAUUUGCCAAACUGGCAACCAUUUGAUUUAUUCAAGCCUACAUACGAGUGCAACGCCAUGGACCUGCUCAGGAUCGGCGAACCUUCGAGGAAGUCGGACAGUGGGAAGUGGCUUUGCUCGGACAAGAUUGAAUUUGGCAAUAAAUGUGUGAUCUUCUCCGUCGGAUCGAACAAUCAAUUUGAUUUCGAAGUCGAGAUGCACGGCCAUUUUCCCAAAUGUGAGAUUCACACGUUCGACUGCACCGGAGAUUUCAGCAAUCCAUCCACAACAUUUCACAGAACGUGUGUUGGAAGGGAGGAUGUGAAAACCGAGAAAGGGGCCUUCAAGCGCUUGUCAACAAUCAAGAAGGAGCUAGGGGUCAACACAGUGUCCUUGCUCAAGAUGGACAUUGAAAACUUCGAAUGGCAGUUCUUCUUAGACAUGCUAGACGAACCAGAGGAUAGUCGGCCAAUGCAAAUACUUGUUGAGUUUCAUAUUCGCAUGGAGCUGCAUGACCCCACCGGAAAAUUGAUGCCCUACCCCUGGGAUCUCGCGCCCACCCUCUUUGAGGGUUGGAAUCGAAACUGGGCCAUCCCAAUCGCUCGAAUGGUGAAAGUAUUCCACCAGCUUGGGUAUAGGAUAGUUUGGCAGGAAAGGAACCGGUGGGGAGAAUUCGCCACGGAACUUAUUCUCGUCCAUCAACGAGCCUUAUAAGCAUUCUGAGCAGAUUGCCAAUAGGAGGAUACCCUUUGACGACAAUGUGUGUAUCGAAGCCCACAAUAGUUUCUAUAUGUACUUUCUGUGUGCGCGACAAUGUACAUGAACCGGUUGCGAUUCGCUAUCCUCACGAGAGGCUAGACUGUUCUCCGCCUGGUGCUGGGAAGAAGAGAGGACGAGAUAGAGCUGGAUCAAUGCAUAGAUCACUCACAAGACUCAAUUCUCUGCCUUAACACAUCAGACGUAAUGUAUUGAUAUUGUUUCUGGUGUGGACUUCUGCAGGCGGGACAAAGAUUUAUUGCCGACCUUUUCGUGCGUUCCUCGUUAGUGUCUAGAAAUGUCCAUUGCCUUAUUAUGGUUUAGGGCACCAAUUGCUACACCAAUGCGCUCGCCAUUCAACAUGAC